AUAUGAUGACGCACAACUCAGCGACUGCUUCCGGGUCGGCGGCCGUCAUGGCGGCGAUGGUGGCAAUGGGGGCGGCCCUGCAGGAGUGGUCGGCGGCGGCGGAGCGGCAGGCCGCGGUCUGGCGGGCGGCUGUGGCCGCUUGUGCGCCGCUGUUGGCCUCGCUGGCCGGGUUGGCGGCGCAAAUGCGGGCGGCGCAGCGGUUAGCGUGGGGCGGAACGCCGCUGGGCGCCUUCAGCGAGCUGAGGGAGAGGCUGUGGCGGAAACAGCGCGGCGCGGCCGAGGCGCUGCUGGAGGAGCUCUGCGGGCGGCGGGAGGAGCUGCGCGCCGUGAAGGACGCGGUGGGGGCCGGAGCGGCCGCUGUGCUGCGGCUGUACGAGGAGCGUGCGGUGGAGCUGGGCCUGGCCGAGGUGCUGCGGCGCGGGCCGCGCUGCCCGUCGUUGGCUGACGCUCUGGAGGGACUGCAGGACGUGGAGCGCUACUACCGGCACCUGUACCUGGAGAUCGAGCUGUUCCUGUUGCUCAUCACCUGUGACAGUCUGGCAGAUAUGGAAGCCCUCCCACAGGCCUGGGAGAGGAUUUUGGAGCGCUAUGGGGAAGACACUGUUCAAGAUGCUUUUCUUAAGAUCUCUCUCUUUUUGGACAACCAGUGGCAGCUGCACUGCUAGCAAGGCUCCGGGUGGAGAACAGGCAGGACUGAUAAUGACCUGAUAAUGACUGAUAAUAAGCUUCUGUGAACAUGUGGUAUAUCCUGAGAUAACCCCUAAGAGGAAUAUGACUUGAGGCAAUAUUUAGAAGCUGGAUGAGUUGACCUCUGUAGGAAGUGCUUGGACUGUUCCGUUUUCAAGUGGAGAUGUAUUGUGUUUGAGGAAGAGGUUGAGCUGAACAAGUCAUGACAAUAGAAAGAAAUUAUCUUCGGCUGUGGAUGUUGUCCUUUUUCCUGCCACUGAUAUUUUGUAUGCUGAAAGAACUGUUGGAACUGAGUAACUUGCAAACAAAUGGUGAAGAGCACUGCGAAUACACGUAACAUGAGGCACAGCAGCUUGAUAAGACGUAUUUUUAGAUAGCAUCCUUUAAAUAGAAAAAGAUGGCAAAUCAGGAAUUAAAACCAGUUUGUACAUUGUCCUUUU